CCUGUGUUAACCUCCAACCUUAUUAUCAGCAUUUAACCAAAAACCCUAUUCUUUCCCCAUUUUAAUUUUCCCCCAUAGGAAUGUCAGACCUCGCCACUUCUAUAGAAUACAUGUAGUAUGAUCAAAUUGAACUCCGUGUGCAGAUAUUGAUACAAUCAUCUGGACUGUUUUACAGAGACAUUUCAAUCAAACUUGAUUCGGUAAAUUAGUCCGUAUUCCUUUCCAUUUAUUACAUCUUUGGCACUAUUCAGACACGCAGCACGACUGCAAAGAAGACCACCUGGAACUCGACCACGGGUCCUUGUAGAUGACGUCAAUACGUCACGCCUGGAAGUAGCCAGCCAAAGAGGGAGUAGUCCACUGUUCAGGCGACCGAAGCGUUUGAAUUUAGCUAGGUACUACCACUAAUAUUAACCUUGUACUAUCUACUGUAGGCGAUUAUCAACUCAACAAUGUCAUUGGCAGACGAUGUCGGAUGGACAUGGUCCCCGGAGGAGACAAAGGCGCUGAUCUCCGUAUGGUCAAACGAACAGAUUCUUCUGAAGAUGGAGCAAACGUACAGAAACAAACAUGUUUACAGCGAAAUUUCGGAGCGGCUAAAGGACCUUGGUGUCAAACGGACGUGGAAGCAGUGUCAAAAUAAGAUGAAGGCAUUGAAGUGGAGAUACAGAGAAACACUGAGGAACCCGAGUAGCAGCCGACCGUGUCCCUUCUUUUCUGAACUGCACGAAUUUCUCGCCGCCAUGCCUGACAUGCCCGAGUCUAAGGAAACCGACGAUGAGGAAGAUAAUGGUCGUCCUCUUCCUCUGUCGUCUCUGCGUCUUCUGGUUCCUCCACUGCGGCUGGUGUCCGCAGCUCUAUGGCAAGUUGUUCAGCGCAGAGACACAAUGGACUACGGGUUGGUGGAGGAGUUUGUGACCACUGUGUUGGAGAUAACCCCUGAUCUGAUGAGUUACAGAGAGAAAGUCCAGCUCGUCAUGGGACUGCGGGCACAGCUGGUUCUGGAGUUGUGUCGCUCUGAUCAUUCAGCCGACCCGGAGACCAUCCAGCCACACCUGAGCAGGAUGAGGACCUGCAUCAUCACUCAUAGAGAAAAGGAGAUAGAUACAGAGGUGGAGGCAUCAGAGUCAAACUUCUUGGAACUUGUCCAAACUCUUCUAGAUGACCCACUUGAGAGGGAACACUUCUUCCAGGAAGUUUUUCCAGAGGAAUUUGGCCCCAUGUAUGACACGGCACUGCAGACUCUGAUGUGGGAGUUCCUCUCCAGGCUGGAGAAACUGCUCCCAACACCAACAUUUCAACAGACUGCAUCCUGGCUCAGACCUGCCCCCUCUAUGCUGAAGGAGUGUGCACAGUCUGUGACUCAACCUCAGCCUUUGAAGACUCUCCUCCAACACCACAGAUGCCAUGGCCAUUUGUUCACUAAUGGUCAUUCAUCUUGUGCUGAUGAUCGCAUCCUCUCUUCACUGUCUCACACGUUCUCGGAGAGGGUGGAAAUGGACAUUGAUGAAGCACGCUCACAUAGCCAAUCUGUAGCCACAUGUGCACCCAGAAAAGAAAGGGACACUUUGAUAGAGAAAGAUCAUGCAGAGAAGCCGCUGGGGAUGAGUUUGGACACGGUUAAGAAGACAGUGGAAAUGACAGAUAGAAGGAACGAAGAAUGGGGAGAGGAGAACUAUGAGGAGAGACUGCAGCAUCAGUUGGCUUAUAAUGUUUUACAGGUCGAGAUUGUAGAUGGAGAAGACAUGUCCUCAACGUCAUCGAUAAUAGCAGACGACGUCGGAUGGACCUGCUGGACCCCCGAUGAGACAACGGUGCUCAUCUCUGUAUGGUCAGAUGAACAGAUUCUUCAUAAAAUGGAGCAAAGUUAUAGAAAAAAACAUGUGUACAGAGAAAUUUCAGAGUGUUUAAAGGAGCUUGGUGUCAAAAAGACAACGAAGCAGUGCCACAAUAAGAUAAAAGCCUUGAAGUGGAGAUACAGAGAAACACUGAGGAACCCGAGCAGCCGACCGUGUCCGUUCUUUUCUCAACUGCACAAAUUUCUCGCCGCCAUGCCUGACAUGCCUGACAUGCCUGGGCCCAAGGAAACUGUCAAGGUUUACGAUGAAGUCGUGUCUUUGAAUCAGGAUGAAGGGCCCGUGGAUGUCGAGUCGGAGCAUCUAAAUGAGGAACUGGUUUCUAGAAAAGGGAAAGACGAGACCCUCACCAAAACGCAAACAGAAGAGGGAAAGAGGGAUGAUGCUUUUUGCAGCCCUCAAAGUGACAGCAAGAUGAAAAUCCCCCCCAGAAAACUUCGCAAACAGAUGGUUGAAGAUAUGUCCUCAACAACAUUGGUAGACAAUGAUACACGAACCUGGACCCUGGAGGGGACGAAAGCACUGAUCUCUGUAUGGUCAAACAAACAGGUUCUUCUGAUGAUGGAGCAGAGUUACAGAAAGAAACAUGCGUACAGUGAAGUUUCGGAGCGGCUAAAGAACAUUGGCAUCAAAAGGACGUGGAAGCAGUGCCAAUCAAAGAUGAAGCACAUGAAGCACAGCUACAGACAAGCACUGAGGAACCCAAGCAGUAGUGGCCGAGCGACCUGUCCGUUCUUUUCUGAACUGCACACCUUUCUCGCCGCCAUGCCUGACAUGCCUGUUUCCAAGGAAACUGUCAAGGUUUCAGAUGAAGCCAUGUCUUCAGAUCAGGAUGAAGGGCCUUCUGUGGAUGUCGAGUCGGAGCAUCUAAAUGAGGAAAUGGUUUCUAGAAAAGGGAAAGACGAGAUGCCCACCAGAGAGCCAACGGAAGAGAGAAAGCGGGAUGAAAGUGACAGCCGAAUUAAUAUUGGAAGAAAACGGGCAGUUGAAGAUGUGUCUGAUUUGGAACUUCAGCCCGUAGUGCCGCAAACCCAAGUUGAUGACAACGGUCUUGUGACGGGUGGUGAUCCUCGUCCUGCUUCCCAUACCACGGGGCAGUCUUCUAAAAGAAGCAAACGUGCCAAAAUAUGCUCCUUAUGUGGGAAGAGUUUUGUUGAAGCAAAGGAUUUGACAACCCACAUGAGAUCUCACACUGAGCAGAGCCCUCACCAGUGCACCCAGUGUGGGGAAGGCUUUGAACAUCCGGACGAUUUACAAAAACAUUGGCAGAAUGAUUGUGAGGAGAUGAUGAAACAGGAGGUCAAUGAACAUCAGCAUGGAAAGGACAGGAUCUCGGGAGUGUCCAGUAAUGCAAGUACUGAUCCAAACACAUGCCAUCUAAGCCAUGAGACUUUUCAAGUUCAGUAUAUGUUGAGAAGGCAUCUUAUUGUGUUUCACAAAGGCAGAAGACUUUUUAAGUGUACUCUUUGUCUGAAGGCUUUUGCCUUCCUUAGUGCUCUGAAGAAACACCAGAAUAACAAAAGAGGUUGUCCUACAAGUGAAGCCGUCAAAAAAGGGAAGGAGUUGGGGUCAAAUAACCCUUCUGCACGCAUAACUCCAGGACGUCCCUUAAAUACAAAUAAUUCCAAAACUUGCCCUGUAUGCCAUGCAACUUUUUCACAAACGUCUAGUUUGAAAAGCCACUAUUUUUACCAUCAUGCCCCAGACAAAAGCCGCUUCAAGUGUCCCCGAUGUUUGAAGGCUUUUGUAUCCCACAGUCAAAGGAAGAGACACCAGCAGAGCAAAAGAGGUUGUCGGUUAGAUAGAAGUCACAAAAAUGGUAGUAGGCCAGCAUGGUCGACGACUCUUAGGGAAAAGAAAAAUGAGAUUCCUCAGCCGUCCAGUACAGCAACCCAGGAACCAACAACCUCUCAAGUUCCCACCACUACAGCACAGUCCUCUAAUAAAAAGACAAUUCCCAAAGCAUGUCCCGUAUGCCAGAAGACUUUUAAAUUUGAAGCAACCAUGGUAAGGCACAUUGCUUCUCACCAAAAGGAAAGUCUCAACAAGUGCCCUGACAUCUUGAAGUGCACCUUUUGUGAAGAGAUCUUUUCACAGGGCAUGGACCUGAAGAGCCACUACAGUCGUACUCAUCAAUUUACUGGGCCGUUCCCCUGCCCUUCUUGUCAGAAGACUUUUGUUUCGUUAACUGAGCUGCGCUUACAUCAGAGAAAUGAGUCCACUCCUUACCAAUGCUCUGUGUGCCAGCGAUUAUUCCGAACACAGUAUACCCUGACUAUUCACGAGCGAAUUCACACAGGGGAGAAACCAUUCCUCUGCGCUGAGUGUGGAAAGGGUUUCCGGAGUGAAAAACUACUACAAUCACACUCUAAGAGUCAUGUUGAGGGAAAACCCCACUCUUGCUCCACUUGUGGGAAAAGGUUCCAGAGAAGAGAGCUAUUGAAACAACACAUGUUACAUCACAAAGAUGCGGCUUUCAUCUGCCCAGACUGUGGGAAGAAGUUUUUUCAGUUGGUAUGGUUAAGAAGGCAUAUGUUAAUCCACACUGGCGAGAGACCGUUCCUCUGUGAUCUCUGCGGGAAAGGUUUCAAAUCUACAGCUGAAUUGAGGAUACACACCCGGACACACACUGGAGAACGGCCAUUCAAGUGCCAAGAGUGUGGAAAAGGUUGUAGGCAGAAGAGUGAGCUGCAGGAGCAUCUACGGAGACACACAGGGGAGCGGCCGUAUCCGUGCCCCGUAUGCGAUAAACGCUUUUAUGUCAGCAAAGAUAGAAAACGACAUAUGCUCAUCCAUACUGGAGAGAAGCCGUUCAAAUGUCAAGUGUGUGGCAUGGCGUUCAACCGUAGAACACUUUUGAGGGUACACCAACAAACCAAGUUGUGUUUAUAUAGCCAUACAAGUCCCCUACAUUAUACCCCCCUACAUUACACAUCAUUGUAAUGUUGGGGAUUUGUGGUCCUCGAUCAGUGUUUGGAUUCAUUAAAGUGAUCUGUUAUAUAUUGCUCAUUACAUUUGAGAAAAGUAAUUGUUACGUUACAUAUUACUCGUCAUCAUAUGAACGAAGCCCCACCGAGGCGCUAUGCUCGGUGUUGAAUCCUUCAUUCACAAUUGGCAAUUGAUAGCCUAAUAUUGUCACCCAUCAGACUAUUGUGAUUUUAAUCUGGUCUGUAGGCGACAUCUAUUAUAUGUGUGAAAUUAGUUUUGAUCUGCCAUUAGUCAACUGUCGGGUGAAGGAAGGGCGGGGGGGAAUAAAUCCUCCUAAGCAAGGCUAAUGAGAAAUUCAAACUAUAGUGGGGUCUGAAAUUAUUGACACCCUUGAUAAAGAUGAGCAAAAAUGUCACAAAUAAAUAUUUGAAAUACUGAGCUAUAUUGUAUGUUUUUAAAAAAAAAAAAAAGGGAAAUAUUAUUUUCUACUAAUACAAUUGCUCAGAUGAAGAGAUUUUGUUGAACAAUUAUUUUAUUUUUUAAAGGUAGGGGUCAAAAUGAAUGCCUCACGUUCAUUCCAGAUCCUUGAUAUCCUUCGUCUGCGUUUAUGGACCGCCCUCUUCGGUUCAAAGGUUAGGUUUUCAAUGGGUUUCAAUUGCAAAAUGGCAUCAUACUUGGAAAGAUGGUUUAAUCUGUGGACAUUUGAGGCUUGAAGAAUGAUUGAUGGAUUGGCCACUGCGGGUGAUAAUCCAGCAUUUGCAGAAAGAGAAAAUGAGGAAUGUACAGUACCAGUCAAGUUUGGACACACCUACACAUUCAAGGGUUUUUCUAUAUUUUUUUACUAUUUUCUACAUUGUAAAACUAGACAUUGACAUC